CCCCAUCUCAAGCCAGUGCAUCACUCUUCGGUCAUCCGAAUCAUCUCACAUUGGAUCAGCGAUAGAUCCGAUCGCUAUUACCCCGAAGCUGAACGCCCUAGCCCGCGAAGCAAAGGCCGCCCGUGUCCCGGUCGAUGAUGUCAAUUCUGAGCAUCACAGCGUUUUCUCUCGUGCCAUUUCCAACGUACUGUCGACCGAGCUUGCGCUCUUUACCUUUGCCCAAAUCAUUGACGGUCUGUCGACGGCUAACGUCGCCUGGGACCAUCUAUACUCCCACCUUAUCGGAGCUCACCCCAUCGAGCAGCAUGAGGAGAUCUGCCUAGGCGUCCUUGAUAUGGCCCGCCAAUCUCAACGUGACUUUGACCCAGGCAUCCUAUCUUUGACCCCAAGGGAAACGCUUCGCGCUUUUCGCAAAGCAUGUCCUGGCUCCCGCUUGUGCAACACUCGUUUAAUUGAGCUCGUUGCCGUGGCAAUGCACGGGAUUGGGGCAUUGCUUUUUCAGCUCGGGCUUCGCAUGCAUCAAGGCGAUAUUGAAGCAUCGACCAGUGGAACGAGAGACUACCCGACGCAAUUUGGGUCGACUUGCCUCCAAGGCCGACGCUCUUCUUCACCAUGGUUACAGGGCCCACGACGUGUACUCCGACGGCGUUGCUGACAUGGUUGGAUACUGGGUAGAGGACAGAUUUCUAGGAGGCGUCACCGUCUUCGACCGAAAAUCUGCAGAGCGAUUCUCCAGUCCCCGCCAAACGUGUACUUUCACCCCUGCCGGGCCAACACUACACAUCGCUAUUACCAGCUUCUGGAGGAAGAGCAAGAAGCUUUGACCGAGUUCCUCUCUUGGCCGAGGAUCCGGACCCAUCGAGACCUCCGCAGCCCAUUCCUGCCGAUAACCGCAACCUCGUGAGAGUCAACGAGGAGGAGGCCAUUUUCCGAGGUUUCUAUAGGGACGUGUGGGAGCGUAAACCCCCGACCAAGGAGCACCUCACGUUCCUGGAAAGGAGAUCGCGAAGCGUUAGGGAUUACCCAGAGUACCAGGCUUUCAUUAAUCAUAUACAUUCCUACGGUCACUCCGGCCAAGAGGGAAUGCCGUGGCCCCAGUCGACGGGGAUGGUGACCAGACCAAUGCAUGCGA